AACGCGAGCGCAUCUGAAGCCGAAGCGACACCAGCGGUGUUAGCCUACCCGCAGCUUGGCGAGUUCAGUUGGGUAAGCUAGGGUUUAGGUCUCGGCGCGCGGCGGAGGGGAGGAGGAGGCGAUGGCGGCGGCGGCGGCGGCAGCGGCGGCUGAGGAGGAGAUCGCGGUGAAGGAGCCGCUGGAUCUGAUCAGGCUCAGCCUCGACGAGCGCAUCUACGUCAAGCUCAGGUCCGACCGCGAGCUCCGCGGCAAGCUCCAUGCAUACGAUCAACAUUUAAACAUGAUUCUUGGAGAUGUUGAGGAGAUCGUGACAACAGUUGAGAUUGACGAUGAGACAUAUGAAGAAAUUGUGCGCACCACAAAACGCACUAUCCCCUUCCUUUUUGUUCGAGGUGAUGGUGUCAUUUUGGUUUCUCCACCCCUCCGAACGGCAUGAAGUAUGAAGGAAGCUCCUGCCGAUUGUCAACCAUGAGUAAUGUGUAUUUUUUAAUCAAUGGCAUGUGUUAUGUGCUGAAGUGCUACUAUUUCUGAUGGAUUCUAGUUUUAGCAUAUGAUACAAUUGUGUAACAAUUUCUGAUCGAGGUGCUAGUUUCUACUGUCAUGUUGAAUCAACCUUUUGUUACCAGAUUAAUCAACUCAAUCCCGAAGCACUAA